GUUAAUGCUGACGGUUGUUGACGGGGACCUAGUGGGGUGUCGCGGCCUAAGGAUCUCUGGGAGAGUGGCCACGGUGACAAGAUGAACUUCUUACGGGGCGUCAUGGGCGGCCAGAGCACUGGACCUCAGCCGUCCGGUGCUGAUACGAUUCAAAAAUUAUGUGAUAGAGUGGCAUCUUCCACCUUACUUGAGGAUCGCAGAGAUGCUGUACGUGCCAUUAAAUCUCUUUCAAAGAAAUAUCGUUUGGAAGUGGGGAUUCAAGCUAUGUCUCAUCUUAUAAAUGUUCUCCAAACAGACCGUUCAGAUUCUGAAAUAAUCGGCUAUGCUUUGGAUACCCUCUGCAAUAUCAUGUCCAAUGAUUUGGAAGAGGAAGAACAAGAAGAAAAUUCACAGAAACAAACAGAAGAUUUUGGAAGUCAGUUUACCGAAAUUUUCAUUAAGCAACAUGAAAAUGUCACUCUUCUGCUGACUUAUUUAGAGGAGUUUGAUUUUCAUGUCCGGUGGCCUGGAGUAAAACUACUUACAGUGUUGUUAAAACAGCAAGGUCCCCAAGUGCAGCAGAUAAUCUUAGUCAGUCCUAUGGGAGUCUCAAGAUUAAUGGAUCUACUAGCAGAUUCUAGAGAGGUCAUAAGAAAUGAUGGUGUUUUGUUACUUCAGCAGUUAACAAAAAGUAAUGCAGCAAUCCAGAAAAUAGUUGCUUUUGAAAAUGCAUUUGAAAGAUUGUUAGAUAUCAUAACAGAAGAGGGUUAUAGUGAUGGAGGCAUAGUAGUGGAGGAUUGUCUUCUGUUGCUACAAAAUUUGUUGAAAAAUAACAAUUCAAAUCAGAAUUUUUUCAAGGAAGGUUCUUAUAUUCAGCGUAUGAAACCAUGGUUUGAAGUUGGUGAUGAUAAUGCUGGGUGGUCUUCACAGAAAGUAACCAAUUUAUAUUUGAUGCUGCAGCUGGUACGUGUGCUGGUGUCUCCUACAAAUCCUCCUGGUGCCACCAGCAGUUGUCAAAAAACCAUGUUUCAUUGUGGGUUAUUACAACAGCUUUGUACAAUUCUGAUGGCAACUGGAGUUCUCGCUGAUAUUCUUACAGAGACCAUUAACACUGUAUCAGAAGUAAUUCGAGGAUCUCAAAUGAAUCAAGAUUACUUUGCUUCAGUAAAUGCACCUUCAAAUCCUCCAAGGCCUGCAAUUGUUGUGCUUCUUAUGUCAAUGGUAAAUGAGAGACAACCAUUUGUCCUGCACUGUGCUGUCCUUUAUUGCUUCCAGUGUUUCUUAUACAAAAACCAAAAAGGGCAAGGAGAAAUUGUAUCAACUCUUCUACCUUCAACCAUUGAUGCUACUGGAAAUUCUGUCUCAGCUGGCCAACUUCUUUGUGGAGGACUCUUUUCUACAGAUUCUGUUUCAAAUUGGUGUGCAGCUGUAGCAUUGGCCCAUGCUUUGCAAGAAAAUGCCACUCUAAAGGAACAGCUACUACGGGUACAGCUAGCCACUAGUAUUGGAAAUCCUCCAGUGUCCUUACUUCAGCAGUGCACUAACAUUCUGUCUCAGGGUGAUAAGAUCGACAGACGGGGAAGCAAAAUGCAGACAAGGGUUGGAUUAUUAAUGCUGCUUUGCACGUGGCUAAGCAAUUGCCCCAUCGCUGUCACACAUUUUCUUCACAAUUCAGCAAAUAUUCCAUUUCUAACAGGACAAAUAGCAGAAAACCUUGGAGAAGAGGAGCAGCUGGUUCAAGGAUUGUGUGCUCUAUUACUAGGAAUCUCCAUUUAUUACAAUGACAAUUCACUUGAGAAUUAUAAAAAAGAAAAACUAAAGCAGCUUAUAGAAAAAAGGAUUGGAAAGGAAAUUUUUAUUGAGAAAUUGGGAUUUAUUAGCAAACAUGAAUUCUAUUCCCGAGCAGCUCAGAAACCACAGCCAAACUUUUCUAGUCCUGAUCAUAUGAUGUUUGAUCAUGAAUUUACAAAGCUGGUGAAAGAACUGGAAGGAGUUAUAACAAAGGCAAUUUAUAAGUCAAGUGAAGAAGAUAAAAAGGAAGAAGAAGUGAAAAAAACUUUAGAACAGCAUGACAACAUAGUGACACAUUAUAAAAAUGUCAUUAGAGUACAGGAUCAGGAGCUUGAGGAAUUGAAGAAACAAAUAGAAUCAUUUAAAAUUCAAAAUGAACAGUUGCAGACAGCAGUUACGCAACAAGUUUCACAAAUCCAGCAACACAAGGACCAAUAUAACCUCCUUAAAAUACAGCUAGGAAAAGACAAUCAGCAUCAUAGUUCCCACAGUGAUAUGGCUCAGAUGAAUGGUGUUCAAUCAGAAGAAAUCAGCAAAUUGCACAUUGAAAUGGAGGAAUGGAAGCACAAACUGGAAUUACUGCAAGAACAGCUAAGAGAAAAGGAUUCUUUGAUUGAAACCCUGAAACUUUCAACAACAAUGGAAGAAGCAACAGAACAAUCAUCACAAACUAAUUUAUCUACUGGAACUCAGUUAAAUAGUGAACUGUGUAAGGAAAUUGAAAACUUGAGGGCCCAAAUAAUCAAGCUUCAGGUUGAGAAGCAAGAACUUCAGAAAAUGAACCUGACUUCAGUUCCUGCAUCAGAAGACAGUAGUGCUGAUAUGAUAGCAAAGACAACUGACUUGGAAAAACAACUUUCAGCGAUCUUGCAGGAGAAUAAAGAAUUAAAGAAUGAAAUUGCAAGACUCAGUGAAGAGACGACUUCAUUUAAACAGCAAUUGGAAUCAUCCAAUAGCACUGUGGCAAUUUUGAAAAAUGAAAAAAGUAAACUGCAGCAGGAAAUUGCAGAAUCUAAAAAAGAACAAGAUGAUUUUCUGGUUCUUUUGGCUGAUCAAGAUCAGAAAAUAAUUGGAUUAAAGAAUAAACUCAAAGAACUUGGAGAACCGAUUGAAGAUGAAGAUGAUGUGGAUUUAGGUGAUCAUGGUGAGGAUGAAGAGGAGGAGGAGGAGGAGGAGGAGGAUGCAGAAGGAGAAGAAGAAAAUUAAUAGUACUUUAUUGGGUUAAAUAUGGAAUUUAGGAAUGCUUUGAAAUUUAGGAAUGUAUGAACCAAUCUGGAUGGCUUUGUGAUGCAAAACACCUUGAUAAAAGAAAAGAUCAUUAGAAAGUAUCCUCAGUUUCUUAAAUGUCAGUAAUAUAUUGUAGCUAUACAGAAGCCUAGUAUGUUAAAUUUCACAUUCAGAUCAAACAAUUAUUAACAAAUUAGAAACCAUUUUAGAAGCUGUAAGAAGGUAACAAUGUUGGAUUAAAAUGUUUGCAUAUUUUCAGAGUGUUUGUCAUUACUUAAUUUUCUUAUUUUGGAUUAUAUUGUGAUUAAAUAUGGUAUGCAUAUGGCUAAAAUCUCUUGGAUGAAAUUGUCUCCUGUAUUCAGCUUGGAGAGUUUUACGUAUUUUUUUUCUUAAUACCUUUUACAAAAGAUUGAAAGUGAUGAUUUGAUUUGAUUUGGUUUGGUUUGGUUUGGUUUGCUCAAGUUAAGUGGGUCAUAGUUUCCUUGCUUUCUUCUCAGUGGAUUUUGGCUUGAAAUGAAAUGAGCUGUUCAGCAUUGAGUGCCUUGCAUCUGAAAUGGCUGCAUUCUGUACCUUGAAAGUAAAAGGAGCUGCAACAGUACAGAGGGAUUUUCAAAGAUAAAGAGCACUAUUUGAUAGUAUAUUAAAGAAACAUUUUUAGCAAAAUUCCCAUAUAAAAGUUUAAAGGAUAUCAGAUUAUUAUUUUGAAAACAUAUUUGUUUUAUUAAAAAAAAACACAUUGUGAUUGAUGAUAAUUUAUUGAGGUUUCUUUUGCCCAGUAGAUUUUAAAAAGUAAAGAAAUAAAUACAGUUGCUAUAUCAACUUACUUUUUCAAUAAUGAAAAUAAAUAUAUGCCUAUUUAGUAUCAUU